AUGCCUCUGGCUAGAGAUCUAUUACACCCUUUCUUGGAAGAGGAAAAGAAAAAACAUAAGAAGAAACAGCUUUUUCAGAGCCCAAAUUCUUACUUCAUGCAUGUGAAAUGUCCAGGUUGCUACAAGAUUACUACAGUUUUCAGCCAUGCUCAGACAGUGGUUCUUUGUGUAGACUGUUCAACAGUGCUGUGCCAGCCCACAGGAGGAGAAGCCAGGCUCACAGAAGGCUGUUCGUUUAGAAGAAAGCAACACCGAUCAUGUACGAGUUCCUGA